UUUUUAUUCACCAAAUUAAUGUUGUACAAAGGUUAUAUUGUUUUAAGUUUUAAGUCAUUCAGAGCAUGCAGCAACCUAUUAUGGCCACAGUCAUAUAUAGUCAGCAGGACACACCUUAAAGAUAGUUGUAGAUCUAGAAAUGGCACUGAUCACUAUUAAAUCUUUAGCACUGGUACUGACUGUUAGUCACAUUACAGCUCAAGAAUGUGUUCGCCCUAACUCUGGUGGAGCCGACAGUCUGCCUAGCUUUGUGGACCCACGUAAUACUAACUCUCUAAUUGGUGUGAAUCCAAUCCAAGUCAUCAUUAAAAGCUACGAGUUCCACUGCUGUGGGAAAGUUGGUGGUUGGGCUGUGUACGUACAGCCUGGAGGUAAACUUCACACAACUGCAUACUCAAUAAAGUUUCAGAUAUGGAGACCACUGGGUGAUAACAGUCCACAAUACGAGAAAAUUGGAGAGAAUGCCUUUUCCCCUGCUACUCUAACUGACAGCUACAUUGCUGCAACACCACUUCCCAGCGAGCAGAUUGAUUUCCAACCAGGAGAUGUGGUUGGCUAUUAUCUCCAAGACAACGACAGACAAGACGGAGGUGUGCAGUUUGAUGAUGGGUUCACUUCUGAAGAGCUAUGGUAUGCGACUGGUAACUCUAACCUACAAAAUGAUAACUUGUUGGAAGUGGGCAAUGCAGGGGACCUCAGCAUGUCUACAAACCUUGGACCAAUCAUCUCGAUAUCAAUUACAACUUCUGUGAAUAACUGUCCCUCCACAUUCACCUCGACCAUGUUCCCCACUCCUGUGGCCACUGUGACCCAAACAACUAUUGAUAGACCAACAACCAUAGCAGUAAGUGCUACUCAAGACAAGAUUGGAAUAUCCUCUGAGACAAUACUGCCCUCUAUACAGUAUAGUAGUGACUUCGGACGUCAAGCUGAGUCUAGCUCUGUGUCAGCACCUAUAACCACCACUGGUCUACCACAACCAAGCAGUUCUCCCAUGAACUCUCCUCAAGUCACACCAGCAGCUACUACAACACAACCUCAAGAAGUGAACGUGGGACUGUUUGCUGGAAUCGCAGUGUCUGUUGCAGUACUAGUGCUGUUGGUCAUACUGACUGCAGUGAUACUUUUGGUUUGUGUGGUGAAAAGUAAUAAGAAAAAAAACUCACAAGGAGAUUUGAGUUUGACUGACUACAGGACCAUCAAUGAACGGAAUGAUACUUAUCAAAUCAUCAGGAUGGAUCCUAACACUAAACCAUACACCAAUGAGAAUGAGGUGUACGGAAAGUUAACAGAAGAAACUCAGAUUGCUCACUAUGAUUAUGCUAUAAAUCCACUAGUUAACGAGCCCUCCACAACUCAGAACCAGGCCUAUGGUGAUUUUGCAACCGCAGAAUAUAGUGUCAUAGCAACUGAUGAUAACAUUGUCAAGGGGUUGGAAAUGGCAAUGAUAAGAAAUGAAGCCUACGUUGGAGUAAGACAGUCGAGUUCUGACAAUGACCCCUCAAUACCCACCACAGAGAAUGAGGCAUACACUAGUGUGACUUCUAACGUGACUGAGCUUGAAGAAACUUAUGACUAUGUUUAACCGUUAUUAUUUUUUUACAAGGUGCGUGUUGUGUUUGAAUAUAAAAAAAGAAUUGCCAGUACAUGGAACUCACACUAAAUUGUGCACGUAGUUCAAUACGGCUUAAUUAUUACUAAAUUGUUUAUUAAAUCACUAA